AUGGCGGAAAAGGUUGAAGAGGUGGUGAGUGGGGUCUGUCAGCUAACAUCCCAGACUGUACUCGUCAAUGCUGAUUGUUUUUCUCGUGCAGCACCAUUGUUCAGAGAAGAUAUAGAGAGGUCGGAAGCAUUCAGAAUUUCUCCUGUAUUUGUCUUCAUAUUACUUCUGUUAGAGAUCUCUGAGAAUAAACGGGUACAUACUGUGGCUGGAGGCUACUGUGCAGGUACACACAUUCAUCACACAGUGAACCUGACUGGUGGAAUCACAAAUCACGUGUCCAUUCUGUGUACAUUCUACGUCAGAACGACAGGACUCUCAGGAAACAUAGCCUACGAUCGGAAAUACCGGGCAUGGUCUCGAAGUUGGACUGUGAUUGUGAAACGGGUCGUAAACUUCAAACUGGAUAAAGAUUCCCUUCCGCGCUGGGCCACACUACACCCCAGUAACUGGACGUCGGUGGAACUGACUCUUUGGCUGGAGUACGUGGCGAAGGAAUACAAGAUGGAUGUCGAGACCACAUACAACUUGGUGGACAGUUUUCAGGAUUUGGACGGUCGCCGUUUGCUCCAAAUGUCCCAGGAUGAUUUCCGCGGAAUCAACGAACAACAUGGAGAAUUUUUAUACGAUAUAUUUAGACAGAUGUGUAUCGUAGCGGAAACCAAUGCUGUACAAUAUGCAUACUCUUCAGAUGAACAGUUUCCCGGGAUGGGGACUGUGAGUUUACUGCCCCCUAUAGCGGAGAGAAGCCGGUCAGCCACGCCCUCACCCACGGGGUCCAAAGGGAGCCACGAGGAGGGAAACGGAAUUCGGGAUAAAGAGAAAGACUCCUCAAACAAAUAAAGAAAUAAAAGUGAAAACUACAGGAUGUCUGUUUUGGAAUUUUGUUUUGGAUUACUGUUGGAAAACGUGUUUAUAUUUUGUUAUUGUUAGUCAUUACAUAAUCUGAUGUCUUAUGAAAUAGUUGUAGAAGCAACAUGUGGUUACA